AUGACAACCCCGCGCCCAUGGACCCCUCCCCUCCUCCUCCGCAUCCGCUUCACAACCUCCCUCCCAGACCUCGACCUCGACAUCCCCUCCCCCUCGCAAACAACAGUCGCCGCCCUCAAACACCUCAUCCGCGGCCGCCUCGCCCAACCUGAUUCCCAGCGCCGCCUCCGCUUCAUUCACCAGGGCAAGAUCCUCCCCGACGCCUCCGCCCUCAGCGCCGUCCUCCGCCCCCUGCCGCCUCCACCACAACACUACCCGUCCUCCUCAAAUCCGACAACGCCGUCGACGCCCGGCGCCGGUUUCGAUGAUCCAAAGGGGAAAGGCAAGGCGAACGCACACGAGACGGCGCCGCCGCAGAGGGUCUACGUGAACUGCAGCAUCGGCGACAGUCUCACUGACGAGGAACUCGCCGUCGAAGCCGAGGCAGCUCUACGCGCGCCUUCGGAGCGGGGCGGAGCGACCGCGCCUUCCUCCGGACUAGGGGAUGGACAGGGCCACGGCCAGCAAGGCGGCGGUUCCUAUGGCACCCAAAGCAGCCACCACCAUCACCACCAGCAACGUCCGACGCCGAGGGGCUUCGACAGGUUACUCAACGCAGGCUUUACGGCGGCCGAGGUAAACCAGCUGCGCCUCCAGUUCCGCGAGAUCCGCGCGACCCAGUACACGCCCGACACGAUGCCCAGCCCGGACACGAUGCGCUCGCUCGAGGACACUUGGAUAGAUACCAAUGCCGGCGGCGCAUUACCAAGCGGUGGGUCGGGGGCGGGGGCGGACGGAGCCGACGGGAACGGCGGCGGCGGCGGUGGGGAUGAUGCAUUUGGCGUCAUGAGCGGCAUACUAGACGUCCUUAUCGAGGGUCUGAUUGUCGGCUUCUUUUGGCCAUUGGGGUGCCUGGGCUGGCUGUCGAGGGAGGAAAAUAUGCUCUCUGGCCGGUGGCAUGAUUUCAUUGGGUUCGGUGUUACCUUGAGCAUCAUUAUUGGCGUCAUCAGAGCCUUCUCGGGCGAUCGAUAG